AUGGUCAAGAAUCUUCUGAAAGUGACCCGCAUUCUGGAAGGUCUGCAACAAGCAGAACAGCUGAGAAUGUUGAAUGCAUACAAAGAGAAUUUCUUUGGUAUUAAGCCUUCUCUUUUUCUUGUAGGUCGUGAUAUCAUUGGGCUGGCAGAAACUGGUUCUGGAAAAACAGGGGCCUUUGCUUUGCCCAUUCUGAAUGCGCUGCUGGAGACACCCCAGCGCUUGUUUGCCCUGGUUCUCACUCCCACUCGGGAGCUGGCUUUUCAGAUCUCAGAGCAGUUUGAAGCCCUGGGGUCCUCUAUCGGAGUGCAGAGUGCUGUGAUUGUGGGUGGAAUUGAUUCAAUGUCUCAGUCUUUGGCCCUGGCAAAAAAACCACAUAUAGUAAUAGGUGACAUUCCUGGCGCGACUAGAUUGACCACUUGGAAUAAUACAAAAGGUUUCAACUUAAGGCUUCAAAUCUUAGUCAUGGAUGAAGCCGAGAUAUUGAACAUGGAUUUUGAGACAGAGGUUGACAAGAUCCUUAAAGUGAUUCCCCGAGAUCGGAAAACAUUUCUCUUCUCUGCUACCAUGACCAAGAAGGUGCAAAAGCUUCAACGAGCAGCUCUGAAGAAUCCUGUGAAAUGUGCCGUUUCCUCUAAAUACCAGACAGUUGAGAAAUUACAGCAGUAUUAUCUUUUCAUUCCCUCUAAGUUCAAGGAUACCUACCUGGUUUACAUUCUAAAUGAACUGGCUGGAAACUCAUUUAUGAUAUUCUGUAGCACCUGUAACAAUACUCAGAGAACAGCUUUGCUACUCCGAAAUCUCGGAUUCACGGCCAUCCCCCUCCAUGGACAGAUGAGUCAGGUAAGGAUUCUUUGGCUUGUAAGCCACGACUGGUGUCAUGAGAAAGAUAAACCUUGUAACGGUAGAUUUGUACAAUAA